CCCGGCGCUGGCUGUCCUGACCGGCCCCGCUCGAAAGAUGUUCCGAAUUGGAUUAAAAUUUCCGUGCAACGGUCUGAAUCGGGUCAAAAAACACGGCUGCUCCAGAUUACAUCUGACUGCCAGAUACUACGAGACACGGGCGCGCGUCAAGUACGAGCCGGAUGGAAGACAAUGCAGGGACGUCAGACUUAUAUCCAGGAUUACUGGGCCCAAGUAUUCGACCGCACCGCCAAAAAGUGACAACAGUGGGGGAUCGGGAACGCUGAUAACUCUAGGCGCUGUCACGAUAGGUGGUACCUUAGGAAUACUAACGUACGUGAAGCAUGACCCAGAGCUUCGGGCUACCCUCGAAGGAUGGAUUCCCGGCACGGACAAAGCUAUCCGAGUUAUCUUCCAAGAAGACUCCAACUACCUCGACUUUGUACUUACGCUCUUGGAAACAUUGAAGCAGACAAUAUUGGGCAUGUUCAACAAGGAAACACCAGGUCAGGCAAGAAUACAGUACACAAAAGUUUUAGAAUACAUACCGCCCAAGUCAGCUUUUAAACCGCUGGUCGAGCAGAAAGAAGCGCCUAUUAACAAGAAUUACACCGAAAUUCGUGUUAGUAAAGAGAAGGGCGAGAAAGUAGAUGUUGUGGUUGAGAAGCCAGCGCCGCCUGCUAAAACUGUGCACGAUGAAUUGAUACCGCAAAAUCUCGUCGAGUUAGAAACGUACUGUGGCGAAGCUGCCGCUAAAGCUAUCGCGGCCUACCACAAGGCAUCGUCCGCGCUUCAGGCAUACAAUCAGGAUGUAAUCAAGGUGGUUGAAAAUGUCGGCGUUACGACAAACGGAGUCGUCUGGCAAAGGUUAAAGGAUGCGACGGAAAAGAGGAAACAGGCCGUACAGCAGGCAGACGAACAUGCGAAAGAUGCGUUAGACUCGCUCAAACGCAUGUACAAUUUAAUCGAUGAACCUAUGCUUGAAGCGGCCGCUCACAUGAAAACAGCUGCGAGACGAAAUAUUAGAAAAAUUAUGGACGACGUGGACGAAGCCAAGAAAAAAUACGCCGACGAAUUACAGAACAGCAACGUCGCGGAGCGCUACUGGAAGCAGGUUCAAACGGCACGAGAGAAUUUCAACGAAGAAUUGCAAAUUCUGUUUCCCCAUAUAAAUAUUCAUGACAAGAAGCUGUCCGUCAACGAAGAAGCCUUCGAUUUAUUCGUCCUGCAUAUGUAUCACAAAGUCAACAAUUUGCAAAAGGAGCUGGAGAAAUUAAGAACAGUCAGCGAAGCUAAAGUGAAAUCGGCAUUGAGGACGGCGGGUGAGGACGCAACUCAAGAAAAGCUGGACGCGCUGCUCUCCCUCGCGGUUAACCAGGAGAAGAUCGAGCUUGAAGAUAAACACGCGAAACAGCUGCUGACGGAGCAGAAGAGGUACGACGACGAGAUGCGGCGACAGCUGAAAUUGCAGUCGGAGAUACACGCCGAUCAUCUUCGAGAGGCACUUUCGGUCAAAGAGCAGCAAACGCAAAGGAUGCUGCAGCGUGCGCUCGACGAACAAGCCGACACCGUUUCCAUGAAGCACAAGGCACAGCUCGCGGAGGUAGUUGGAAGGUCACGUGCUGUCGCAGCGGCUCUCAAAGCUCGCAUGGAUGAAGAGAAGGGUACAUCGAAUGUACAGAUCCUUUGGGCGGCCUGUCAAGCCUUGGCCAGGACAGUGAAAAUCUCGUCGCCGGGUGCACCAAAGGAUAGACCAGUUAAGCCGCUGGAACCCGAAAUUAAGGCCAUCUCCAACGCAGCAUCGAAGGAGGAUCCCCUGGUGCGCGCCGCUAUCCAGAGCAUUCCCGAGGAGGCGGUCAAGAGAGGCGUGUUCACGGAGGACACCCUCCGCGACAGGUUCCUCAAGGUGGAGAGAGUGGCAAGAAGAUUAGCCAUGGUGCCUGAAGGCGGUGCAGCCCUGCCUAUAUAUUUUCUUAGCUAUCUUCAAAGUUUCUUGAUCAUCAAAACGGCCAAUUCAAUUCCGAAAAAGGAGCUCGAAGACGAGCCAAUCGACGUGGAGUCGCUGAAUACGUACGACAUACUCCAGCGUGCCAGAUACUGGUUGGACCGCGGCGACUUCAAAAUGACCCUGAGGUACAUGAAUCUGCUCAAGGGUGCGCCGAGAAGCAUCGCCCGCGACUGGAUGAACGAGGCCAAGAUUCUGCUGGAGACGCAGCAGGCGAUCGACACUCUGCUGGCGUACGCAGGUGCGACCGGUCUCGUAUAUCUCGGCGCCGGUGAUCCCGCAAAGAAGUAGUGCGGGCGGAGUGUAGAAAACUGUCCCGAACCACGAGACGGGGACGUCCAUAGAAGACGGGGCGGGGGUGACAGGGGAGGGGGAACAGGGAGAGACGGAGUCAACCGAUGACAGUGAAGAGAAAAACGAAGAAAUGAAGAACCCAGAGAGAUAUCGCUGCCAGCCUUGUAUAGUCUACAAUAUCUUUUUUAGCAAUUAAAAAAUAGGAAUAUUUUGUGCCGGGAGAGGCGAAUACAGUGAGACGCUUUUCUUUUCCAUCCUCAUGACGAUCGUUGUACGUAAACACACACUUCCGCGCGCAUUAAGGUACCGCCUUCUGGACACGAUUUAAAUUUCUCUGAGGGAUAUAUGCAAUACAUGCGAAAGGAGUUUUAACUUUCUCAGGUAGAUUUCGAGAGUGCUGUCAAAUGGAACAGUGAUACGAAAUUGAAAAAUAUUUUAUUCGAUAAUAUUUUCUUUAAAUAAACAUUUUACCUCUGAUAAAUUCGCCUCCUCUUAUCACGCCGAGUUUUCUGUCCGCGAAAGGAGUUUCCAGAUUUGACAACAUCCCGCCAAAGUAAUCGUGCACGAACGUCGAUGUGUAUAUCAAACAUUUAUUUUUACUCGCCCAACGGAUCAAGUAACGAAUCGCGACGGAGUAUAGAAAGUAUACCGGACGCAAUGUAAAUACCGGAGACGAUCUUGCUUUAAGGACGGGCGGUUUAAAAAAAAAGUGUUCACGAGCGCGCGCCCCAUACUUAUCGCAACGCGUACGCACGGACGUUUAAAUUAUUAUUUGCGAUUUGACACGUGCGACACGCGAUUAGCUACGCGUAUUGCACGCGUCUUGCGUGCCGCACGCGUCGGGAUCGCCGUUUUGUCGUGCUUGCAUCUUCCACGAUCGCUUGAUGCGCGUGUAUUCCGCGAACUCCUCGUCCUGAUCCAUUUAUCCAUCCAUCAAUCCAUCUCCAUACUGUGAGUUGAAUACCUUUUACUUUAUAACCGGAUAUUACUCUCUCCCGCGCGCCAUACUCUCGUCGCUCGUAUCGUAUCGCAUCGAUCGUCGCGCGCGUGCCGUUACCUCGUCUUUCGCCUCUCACUCGAAACCUCUUCGCGAUUUCGUACGGGACGGGGAAGCUAGGUAUCAUUGUAAAAAUUGGAAAUAAAGUUGUUUUUCGUGACAUAAUA